AUGUCUCCAAGUCACAAUUCAGAACAAAUCAUUACAAAUAAUUUAAAAAGUCCAAUCAUGAAUUCAUAUAUUGUACAUGUAGGUGAACAAACCUUUCGUAUUUGUCGCCAAACAUUAACUUUUGAUUCUCCUAAUUUUUUCACUCAAGCCUUUCUUGGAGAAAAUUCUACUAAUAAUGUAGUAGCAGCAUCUUCAUUAGAAAAAAACGAGAUUCAUCAAAAACCUUUGAUUACUGAUAACAAUAAUUCUAUUAUUUUGAGAUAUCUUAGAGGUUAUAAUAUAUUUCCACUUUCGUCUGUCAAUCUACCACCAGGAAUGUCACUUGAUUUAUUUCGUGAAAGUUUAUUAGAAGAUGCAAGAUUUUACGGAUUUGAAAAACUUGCUCAACUGUUACAAGCAGAAACACCUUCACCACUGCGUUACAAAGAUCCAUUCACCUCGACAGAUAAAAUUCUUUUAUCAUUACGUGACGUACCGAUUCAUAAAGAUUUCAUUAAAUCAAAACUGGAAGACAACGACAAUAACUCGACGGUUGAAUUUUUUACUGGUGCAGUACUAACUAUUGAAUUUGAUGCUUCGAACAGUAGUUUGUGUUUUAAAACAAAAUUCUUAAACGAACAAGAUGAAAAAGCUUUAAAAACUUUGGGCGAAAUUUGUGGCAAGGAUUCAGCAAUUGAGUUGACACGGCAUUUGAGUACAAGUUGGAAUAUGAGUGAUACAUUGAAUGGGAUACGAUUGGAAAUUGAUGGUGUGCAAGUCACUGGUGUAGAUUUAGCGUCACUUGUCGGAGCUCAUAAUUCUGGAAUGAAAGCUUUAGAAGAUAUGCUUAGAUCUUCUGGUGGUGAACAGGAUAAUGUUGAAGAAGUAGAAGAUUGUCAGAAUAAUAAUGGUAAAGAUGUGAUUGUUAGUAAUGGUAAAGACAAAAAUGUCGAAAGUAAAGGAACCGAUUGGUUCAUUGUUUCCGGAAAUCUUGUUCUCGUUGUUGUGGCUAUUUGUACUGGAAGAGAGUGUCAAAUUCCAGCUGGAGCUGCAUUUAAUAUAGCAGCAGAAGUUCUGAUACCAACCACUUUACCUGAAUCGUACAGUAUUGGAGUUGCUGUUGUGUAUGUACCUUCUUCACAGAAUGCUCUAGAUUGUGCAUUUGCUAUUCUUGGUGAUGAUGUAUCUACUGCGAAUACGUCAUUUCUCCCAAAGUUUGUUUUUAAAUUAUAA